AUGUGGGAUCUAAUUAAGUCUGAAUCGAAACAUGACUCAUCAUCUCCAUCAUCUAAAGUUGUCCAAGAUGUGAGUGGGCCUUGUCCUCAUACAAAAAAAGGUGGAGCAAGCUCUAAAGCUGAAUUGAUUGAACUAUGUAUAGAACUUAUUACAAAUGUUGUUCAAAGUUGCCAAACCCCACGUUUCCAAGCUGAAUAUGUUCUUUUUGCAGAAAAUGGAAGAACUGUUAAAAUCCCAGGAAUUAAAACUUCAACAAAGUUUGUAAUUGAUAAAAUGAUUGCAAAGUUCUGCAGAUUGGUUAUUGCCAAUCGCCAAGUUAGUUUUGGACUCUAUCCUGAUCAAAGCUCUUUACCUACCCCUCCAACAGCACCACCUCAACACCCAUUCCAGUCACAAGUUCAAACCCCAGUUUAUCCAUACCAACCACUCCCUCCCCAGUCACCCCAGCCCCCUCCUCCACCACCGCCUUCACAACCAUUACCACCACAACCAUCUAGAGCUCCUCUACCUCCUCCUUUAACCCAACCAACUUAUCCGACACCAACUCCUCUCCAAACUCAAGGAUCUUCAGGUCCACUCCUUUCAGAAUGGAAUAAAAUUCUACAUUCUGCUUUGUAUGGAUCUGGGAGUAGGUAUAUUUCUUCGAUGCCAACAUCUCCAUUCCCAACAUUCAAAGUAGGAAAAGACCAAAAUGAGAAAUUUGAAAUCUGUGUAAAGACCAUUAAGGAUAUGGUUGGGGCAUCAAUUGGUACUAAUAAGUUAUUUAGUAAUGGAAAUCUCGUUCUUAGGAUUGACAUGAUUUCAGAUAAAGGAAUUAAAGUCCAAGAAAGUCUAAUUUUAAGGACUAGUAGUGAUAAACCUAAUGAAAUUAAGGAAAUCAUCAAGCGUUUCUGUAGUACAGUUUAUUCUAUUGGAGAGGAACUUGAUGAGGAGUUGGAAUGGCAAAAAAUCUACCGUAAUUCACUUUCAAGUUCUAUUGUCCAGAAACUCCCUAAGACUAUCCCUAUCUUCUACAGAGUUACUGGAACCGAUAAUUCCAGUUUAUAUGAUGCUUGCAUUAAGGUAUUGGAGACUCUUUUUAAAUCUGCAACCAAGAACAAUCCUACUCGUGGUCCAGAAGCCCAGUUUGGCAUUGUAGAUAUAAAUGGAAAAUAUCCCCAAUUAGGAGGUUCUGUUACAUCAUUCUCCUCAUCAGUUUCUUGUAGGUACCCAUAUAGUCAGGCAGAUAUAAAUGAAGCCAUUUCCGCUUUCUGUAGAGGAAUUUACUAUGGUAUUCCGACCGGGCCAGUUAAAGACAAGAAAGACCAACUCUUAAAAGUUUAUGAUCUAAUUCAGUCAGCCACAACCAAACAGAAUUCACCUUUUGGGAAAUUCCCUCAUGAAGCUCCGAAAUUCUUCUUCUCCUCUCUAAGUGCCUUUAACCUAGAUAAUCAAGGAAACUUCUCUCCGGAAACCAAAAUAGAAAUCUGUAAAAAGCUUUUGAGUGAUAUUUGGCAUCAAAGCUCCUCCAAGAAUCCCGCACAGACUUUCAGAGUAGGACCUGGAAUUGCUGGAGUCUCUCCCAAUAAAAUUAUCAAGGUUGGAAUCCAUUGGAGUGAAAAUAUAGGAUAUGUUACAAUCAACUUCCCCUACAUUGAUACAAUUAUCCAGAAACCUGUAUCUUUCGAUACAGUUUCUACUGAUUUCUGCAGACAAAUUUUCCAACCUCAAGCUUCUCCUCCAAUAUACCCUGCCUUUCCAUCUGUCCCACUUCCUACUCCAUCUCCACCUCCUGUUCCAGCUCCACAAUUUGUUCAUGCUCCAGAUAGGUAUUCAGGAAGGAGGCCCCCACCAGGUUUCCCAAAUCAGAUAAUUUUAUUGCCUGUAAUGACUCAGCACCCAGGCUCAACUUUAUUGUUAAAGUAUUCACGUGGGAUUUGGAGUCAACUUCAUCAGCAUUCCAACUUUGGAAUUGGAUCUGCAUCAAUUAUGGGUCUUGGAUCGAACAGACAUAUUGAUUUCUUAACAUCCAAUACAGGAGAAAAUCUUUAUAGUUAUUGUCAUAAUAUCUUUGCUCGUUUUUACAAUACAGCAACAAAUUACAAAGUUUCUGGUGAUGGAAAAAAACUUAUGGUUGAAAAAACUGUAAAUGUUGAUUUUGGUAAAGGUUCUGAUCACGUAAAGACAGGUGCAGAAAGGAAUACCUUGGUGUUUAUACUUCCAGGUCAAGGCCAGAGUCAGAUUCAGGGACAAAACAAUUCUCUGCAACAACUCAUUGAAAUGUUCUGCAAAUCCUUUAUUAACAUUUCAGGCUAA